UUUUCUUUGCCUUGUUUUGCUUCUUCUUCGUCAAACCAGCCAGCCAGAAUCAAGCCGUUAGACCCAGUAUUUGUUUUUGUCCCAUGUACCAAUGUUUACUUGUCUAUUGAUCGGUUUGUAGUGUUGUGCUACAACGUUUGCCGUCGACUGACUGGCUUUCGAUGUUGUGCGGAAACAUUAGUAUCUUGUGUCGGUUCCACCGUUAUAGACCUAUUCGAACGCGCAACACCGCUUAGACGCACACUGGCCUCGGACGAAUUUGUUUCGAAUUUAAUCGGCAUACAUUCCAAAAACAAAAAAAAGAUUUGAUUUCAACGACCGUUUCGCAGCGUUUUUUGUUGGGGAAUUUUUUUAAUGACUUCUUCGUCUGCGUGUGUGUGGAAACAUCCAAUAAAUAACGGAAAAUCAGCCAUACGGAAAACGAAACAAACUAUCCAACCGACCAACAACAACAUUUGUAGUUGGAUUGCAUAAAUUUUACUAAAAAAAUGUUAAUAAUACAAAUUGAAUAAAUUGUUUUGCUGUAAAACCGAAACGCCAAAUGCGACAUUACAUUCCCCGCUUUUGAAGUGAAAGUGAAAAUACGAAAACAUUUCUCAUUUUCUUUGUUCAACCAGAAGAAAAUAUAAUUGUGGGUGUGAAAGUGCGAGUUUGAAGCGAGCAACAUGACAUCGGAUCUUCUACAUAUGGAAAACCCAAUCCGGGCCAUUCUACUCUUCCUAACUGAUUUACUCAUAUUUUCCCUCAAAUCAAUAUUCUAUAUUUUGGAAUCAAUAUAUUAUGGAUUAGUACCAGAUCGUUUAAGAAAAUUAAAGGAUGUUUCAAACAAAGUCGUUUUGAUAACUGGUGGAGGCGGCGGUGUUGGAAGACUUAUAGCUCUAAACUAUGCAAAACUAAAUGCUCGAGUAGUAAUUUGGGAUAUAAACCAUGAGGCUAUUAAAACCACAAUUGAUCUCCUGGCACAAAAUGGUCUACAUAACUGCAAGGGUUAUGUUGUCGAUAUCUCCGAUCGCGACGAAGUGUACCAAAAGGCAGCCCAGGUCGUUAACGACGUCGGCCAUGUCGAUGUUUUGAUCAAUAAUGCUGGUAUUGUGUGUUGUAAACCUUUCUGGGAUUUACCCGAACGGGUUAUUCAGAACACCUACAACAUUAACGUUAUCUCUCACUAUUGGACUGUUAAGGCAUUCCUGCCGCACAUGAUGCAAAGCAAUAGCGGCCACAUUGUUACUGUCGGCUCGGUAACGGGUAUGCUUGGAACCUAUGGCUGUUCUGAUUACAGUGCCACGAAAUACGCCUGUAUUGGCUUCCACGAAAGCCUUUACACUGACCUCCGAACUCAUGGAUAUGAUAAUAUUGGAAUGACAUUGAUUUGUCCAUACUACAUAAACACUGGCAUGUUUUCCGGUGUCAAGCCACGCAUGAUUCCGAUGUUGGAACCGCAAUAUGUGGCUGAUAAAAUUGUAGCCGCCAUGCGAAAGAACGAAGUAUGGUGUGUGCUACCGAAUUCAAUUAGAAUGUUGACACCACUGAAAUGUCUGCUGCCGGCUAAAAUGUGCUGGGAAUUAAUGUCACGCGUAGUUCGUGGUCCCGAAUCAAUGAUGAUGUUCAAAGGACGUGGUCGUGUCGCUGCUGGUUAAUAAAUGUACCAUCGUAGAAGAAUCCCUAGCAAUUAAGGCCGCCACGAACAGAAUAUUUGCAACCUGAAAACAAUGACCUUUGCGACGUAAUACACUCGCAAAUAAUCAAAAAAAAUAGUCGGCGUUUAUUACAGUAUAGUUUAAUAGAGUUGUCAAAAAUCUUAGACUAGUAAUUAGACGUAUCUUUGGUAGAAAGUUAUUUAUAGUAAAUUUAAAUGUGCAUAAUAUAAAUGUUUAUAAAUACAUAAUAAGAAA